AGAAAAGUUAAUGACAAAUUUUUUUGAUGAUCGUGAUUAUUAUGAUCGUCGAGAACAUCAUUCGCGGAGAGAUGAUCGAGAUUAUAGACACCGACGUAGGUAUCACCGUCAUGCUACGCCAGGUCGCUAUGAUAAUGCUUCUCGAUCAGAAGUUAAUGGCAGUUCCGAUGGAAGUCGGCCUUAUAGCCGUGACAGAAGUCGGUCUUAUAGCCGUGACAAUAGGGAAGAUGAUCUUAGGGACCAUUACGUGAUAGAAGACCCGAAAGAUACAACUCAAGAAGAUGUUGGUAUCGGUAAAACACCAGCCACAGAUAAAAGUGCCAUCACAAUUCCUGCAAAGGAUAAUGAUUCUGAGCAACUUGCGCAAGCUCAGUCAACAGAUACUACGGUUACGGUCACGGAGCAAUCUACGCUAACUCAGUCAACAGAUGCUACUGUUAAGGUCACGGAGCAACCUACGCUAGCUCAGUCAAAAGAUGCUACCGUAAUGAGCACGGAGGAAAACUCUGGGGAACAACCUUUAGAUCAAGAGGUUUUAAAGGCGAUUGGAGACCUGUUAGAACCAGAUAGAGUGUUACUGCCAGCUAUCCACAAGGAUCUUGCCAUAAGAGUCGAGGAGAUCAUCAACAAAGGUCUUCCAAUGGCAGAGAGAAAAACUACUAAAAAAAUUUCCUCCUCCAAAGAAUGGGUUAUUCAUGGACCCACCUAAACUCAACUUUGAAAUAAAUACCAACCUGGCAGAGAGUAUUGUCAAAAGAGAUGAUCGAAUUGUUGAAAAACAAGCUCGAGUUUCAGCAGGUCUUUCUGAAUUAACUAAGUUAAUGUCUAUGAGCUUGCAACUUCCACAGGAUCAGAAGUUAGCAAUGCUAGAAA